AUGAGUACAUCAGAAGGUUUUGUUUCAAAAAUUAAGAAUGCCUUUGGCGGCGAGAAAGAUUCUGAAUCCUCCCCUCACUCAACGAGUUCGACUUCAAAAGAGCAGGUUUUGAAUGAAGCUCAUAGAGAAGGCGAGAAACAUGGCGCAUCCAGUACUGCAGCAGGUACUGGAGCUACCACGGGGUCCGCGGUUGGAACAGGUGCAGCAACUAACCCAACUUCAUCUACUGGCACCCAUUCUUAUUCUCGUGCAAACACUGGCAACAAAGAGCAUGACAAUAUCUUGAAAGAGGCAUGGGAGGAAGGCCACAAAUUGUUUCACCAUCACGCAAAAACAGGUAACACUGGAGUAUAUGCCGGCGGUACCGCAGCAGCCGGUGCAGCAGCCAGCGGUGUCGGUGGUUAUGCAGCUUCAAACCAACACCACAAACCUACUAGUGAUGCCGACUACACCACUAGAGACCUGGAUGUUGUUACCAGCUCAUCAAAAGGUCGCGUUGUUACUUCUCCUCCACACGUUUCGAGAGAGCCAUUGGCCCACCAAACACCCGGAGACUAUACAAAUUCAAAGAGACCUACUGAUUCAACCGUUUUAGCUGGCAGAGAAAAUGACAAGGAUUACGAAGGUAUAGUUGGCUCGCACCAAUCGGGAACUAGACCAGAUGACACACUUUCCUCUAGCAACAAAACUACGGGAGUUGUGGAUAACACUCAUCCAAGUUAUAGUGACGAUUCAAGACCAGCCCAAGGUCAUGGCAAGUUCUUUGACCCAAAGGACACCCAGGGUGGAGUUCUUGGUGCGGCAACUGCCUCCACUGGUGCUACAAAAGCAUACAACAAGGAUCAAUUUAGAUCAAACCAUCAAGAAGCUACCAAGGCUGAAUAUGUGGACCCAGACAGUUUAAAGACCAAACCAACAGCUUAUGAGCAAAGAGAUAGAGAAAAUGCCCAAGCCGAAAAGAUUAAGGAUCAAGCUUAUGAAGUAGGUAACAGACAAGGUAAAAAAGAUAUUGAUCACGAUCCUUCUUUGUUGGGUUCCAAGCAAGUUGGUGGUAAAGGAACUACAACUCUGAAGAAUUCUGAAGACGCAGAUGCCAUCCACAGCGAAAAUAAGUCAGCUUAUAACAAAGAUGGGGUUUCCGGUGUCUUGGAGAAAGAGCAAGGCUAUUCUGGAAACAGCAACAAGCAUCAUACCGACAAGCAACACCCACUCACUAUCAAAAAGGGUGAUGAAGUUCUUGGCGGUGUUGGUGUUGCUACUGCUAAACAAGACAAUUACGACCCUGUUGCUACUGACCGCAGAAUCUCAGAUCUUGAUAAGGAAAUCAACAAAACAGAUGACAGAAUCAAGCAAUUGAGAGGAGACCCUGACAAUGCAUCAACUUAUGCCGUCCAUAACGAGUCUAUCAAGACUCCAACCUUGGCCAAUGUUGAUGACAAUGAAAGAAAUCAAUUUGGUAGUACUGGUGCUGGUGCUGGUACUGGUACUGGUGCUGGCAAUAACGCCACUAGUACUACUGCUACUACUACCAAUACUUCCGACCAUCAAAACCCAGGUGUCUUAGCUGGCGCUGGUGGUGCUAUCGCUGCUGCUGCUGGUUACUUGGGCUUUGGCAAAGCGGAUCCAGCAACUGAGCUUGAAAACAUCAAGAAGGAGGCUUACAAUGCUGGUCAUGCUCAAGGGAAGGACUUGUAUGCUGGCUUGGGAAGCGGAAACACUUCACACGCCACCACUGGUACUACAGGUACUACAGGUACUACAGGUGCUACAGGUGCUACUGGUACCAACACUAAAGAAGGUAUCAAGUCUAGUGCAUACCGCGAGGGAGCUGAACAAGGCCGUAAAGAGAAUCAAGGCCCGGGUUUAGUUGAGGAAGCCAAACAUGCGGUGGAAGGCGCUGCUGCAACUGCUGCUGGAUAUUUGGGUUACGCUACUUACACCAACCGUGGUGAUUCUUCUUCAUCAGGGGCCACUCGUGCUCAACAUGAAGGUGUUCUUAAUGAUGCUUACAAGGCUGGUCAAGAGAAAUAUCAUAAUGACAGAAAAUCUGGUUCCACCGGUGUUGCUGGUACUUCUGGCUCAACAAACCAAGAAGGUAUCAUUGGUAAAGCUGAGCAUGCUAUUGAAGGAGCAGCUGCAACUGCAGCUGGCUACUUGGGCUAUGCAACUUACACAGGUGACAACUCAAACAAGUCAACCAACGCAACUAGCGCAACUAACGCAACUAAUCCUACAAGCUCAACUACUUCUGGUACUACAGGGUACGGCGCAAACGAAGGCACUCAUCGUUCAGUUUCUGGAGAAGACGCGUCCACCGGCAAAUACCCAAAGAAUGCUAGCGCUGCGCGCCCAUCAACCACAGCAAGCACUGAAAAGCAACGUGAUGCUGGUUACAGACACCCGGAAUACAGAUCAGAUGAUUAUAACCAUUCUUCAUCUAACCAAUCUGGUGGUAUUUUAGAUAGCGCUAAAGGUGCUGUUGCUGGUGCCGCUGCUGGUGUUGCUGGUGCUGGUGCCGCUGCAGCUAACUAUGCUAAAGGUGGCUCAUCUAACCAAACUUCAGCACAAAAACACCAAGAUGUUGAAGAUUCGUUGCUUGUUGAUGCUGAAAAGGCUGACCCAUCGAUUGAAAAGCUUCCAGCCCACAAGGUGAACAGAAAGGAACUUAGAGAAGAAGAAAAGCUUGGAGCAGAUGCAACCCCUGAAGAAGAACAUAUUGUUGCUCAUAACGAAGUCUCUGAGGGAGAGCGCAGUGCUAGUGAAUGGAACAAGAAGCACGGUUUUGUUGAACCCACAAGUAGACAUCCCAAUGAAAAGCAACAAGAUGUUGCCGACUCCUUAUUAGUUGAUGCGGAGAAGGCAUACCCCGAAAUUGAGAAAUACCCAGCUCAUAAGGGUAACAAGAAGGAAUUGAAAGAGGAAACCACCCCAGGUCCAGAAGCUGGUGAAGAUGUCAAAGAGAAAGCUGCAAACACUCAGUUUAAGAAUUUGGAAGAUGAAGUUGCUGCAUACAACAAAAAACAUGGAUUCACCUCGGGUAAUCAAAAGAGUUCAUUGAUUGAAGUUGCUGAGCAAGCUGACCCUACAAUUGAAAAAUUACCAGCACACCAUGGUAAAUCAAUUCAAGAGAACCUUAGUGAUGCUCCAAAGGAUACCGGUAAUGACGUACAAGCUUUGCCUGCUGGUGCACCAACUGCAACUACUGAAGAGAUCAAGGCUAAUUUGGGUGUUGCAGGUGGUGAAGAUGCCGCAGCGAGGCACCGCACGUCCAAAGGAAGUUUAGGUUCAGAUAAGAACAAUUCAAACAGCUCAAACAGCUCAAACAGCAAAUCUGCAGUGGCGGGUGCAGCUGGUGCAACUGGUGCAGCAGGUGCAGAACAUGAAGCGAGGCACCGUGGGGGCAAGGACAGCGUAAGUUCAAGAAAAGAGAACUCAAAUAAGACUACCGAACCCAUUAUCGCAGGUACCACCAACACAUCAUCAUCAUCGUCAUCAUCAUCAUCAUCAUCAAAAUACCCAAACUCGUCUGAACCCUCUCACAAAAGAAGUGUUUCCGGUGCUGCUUAUAACACCACCAAACCAUUGAAAGAGUCGGAAAGAGGACAGGCUGGCGCCUUGGAUAGUGGGUUGCAAAAAGAGCUUUAUGAUCUCGGAUACAAGAAGGGUAAAGCUGAUUUGGUUAUCACAUCUGGUAAAGGAGACCACCCAAGUCGUGAUGCCACAGUAGGGGCUAUUGGUGCUGGUGGCGCUACUGGAGCUGCUUUGGAUCAUUCAUUAAAGAAGGAAUUAUAUGAUCACGGAUACAGAAGAGGAGCUACCGAUCACACUGUUGGGCCACAAGGUGGCAAUACUACUAGCCGCUCAUCAGACUCAAGUUUAGAUCCAACAUUAAAGCAAGCGUUGUUUGAACAUGGGCAUGCUCAGGGUAAGAAUGAUUAUGCUCAGGGCAGUCAUAGAGGAGUAUUGGGUGGUACCACCGGUGUCAGUGGCUCUUCGUAUGAUCCUCCGAACAAGUCCGAGAUUAAAGAAGAGUAUGAGAAAUUGAAGCGCGAUUUGUAUGAGCACGGAUACGCUAAAGGAAGCACAGAAAGAAAAAAGGAGAGAGAUGAGGCAGCUCGUGUUGGUACUCAUGGUUCGUCUCGCAAUGAAGCCGCCGUAGUGUUGGGUUCAGCUGGUACUCUAGGUGCUGCUGCAGGUGCUGGCGUCGGUGCUGGUACUCGUGACAUGAAACAACACACUAACGAAUAUGGUCAACCAUCUGAGCGUGCAAACAUUGAUCGUCAGUCUGAGAUUGUUGGUGAACAGACUGCUCACCAGAGAGGCGAGGACACUGAUAACAAUCUUGUUGUGGAAGUUGUUGGUAUUGAAGACAAGGAAGAAGCUUUGAGAACCGCAAGAAACGCUUCAAAGAAGUUGGAUGAAAGGGGUGUUGAUUUGACAAGUGGUAAGCUUGUUAUUGAUGCCAACAACAAGGAAAUUUACAAAGAAGAGUACAUCAGCGAAAGAGAUUAUCCUGAAAAGAAUGUUGCCCCUGCUGCUGCUGCUACUACUUCUACUACUUCUUCUUCUUCUUCUUCUGCUGUACCUGUGGGCGCUGCUGGUUCUACAUUAGGACAGACAAGAGCUGCUGGGUAUACCGAAGGUUUAGGAGACACAAAUACUAAGUAUGAAGGUGAAGGUGUAGGUCAAAAGACUCGUGUUCCCGAAACUUUAGGUCAAACAAGAACUGCUGGUUUUACUCAAGGUACUCAAGGUGUUGACACCUCUUAUGAAGGCGAUGGUGUUGGUCAACAGACUUAUGUGCCAGAAACUUUAGGUCAAACUAGAACUGCUGGUUAUACUCAAGGUACUCGAGGUGUUGACACUUCUUAUGAAGGCGACGGUGCAGGACAAAAGACAAAUAUCAAUGCUGGACAGGGUGCAUACGGAGCUACCCGUCAAACAGAUGCUGGAUUUGCCCAAGUCCACGGUCAAGGUCAACAAAGCACUAGAUAUGAAGGUGAAGGUGCUGGUCAAAGAACCAAUCUUAAUGCCGGUGCUAGCACUUUGAGUGGUCACCCUUGGGACGAAACUGAGUUGGCCAAACAGAGAUUGCAUGACGCUGCCAGAGGAAAUGCUGGAUUAUCAGCAGGGACUGAUUCCGGUCAUGGUUCCACUUUGAAUGCUGUAGGUGCCGGUGCCGGUGCUGCUGGUGCUGCUGGGCUUGCUGGUAGUCACUCUCAAGGUACCAAACCAAAGACCUCGACUUCAAAAUCUGGUAAAUCUGAGGACGAUGAGAUCUUUGUCAAUGUGAGAGGUAUCAAAGAUAAUGCGUUGGCAACAAAGCUUGCAAGAACGGCAGUGGCCAGAUUGCAGAAGACCCAUGCCUCAGUGGUGUCCAAGGUUAAGGAAUUGCAAGUUGACGCCAGCUCUGGUGUUGUGAGGGAUGAGAAUGGCAAUGAAAUUGCUCGCUAUGAGGAUUUGAUUGUUGAGGGUGCUAAAGUUAGUAGACCAUCAAGCCAAACGUCUUCACCAAAGAGGUCGGGUUCUCGUGGCCAUAGAACAAACAAGUCUGUGAGUUCUAUCGGCUCUGGGUCUGGUUCUGGUUCUGGUAUUGGUACAGGUGCAGCCACGGGUGCCGGUUUAGGUGCGAGCGGUAUUGCCGCCGCUGCUGCUAGAGAUGCGUCAGCCAAGCAUCCACAUUUGACUGAACCAACUCACCACACUCUGGCAAAUACCGGUAAAUACGACUAUGCUUCGGCUGGCCAAAACCAGAUUUCUUCUAAGCAAUACGAAUCUACUCCAGGAAAAGUGCAACCACCAUAUCCUGAGGGAGUUUCGGCUACUAGAAAUACCACUGCUGAUCCUAGAUCUACUACUGGGGGUAAUCAUGGUUUGGGUUACGAUGAAAACAAGAUUCAUUCUAGUGGCCACCCAUUAAAAGAGUCAUCCGGCUCUUCUGGCUUUGGCUCCGGUACCGGUUACUCAGGUGGAUUACCAGCUCAUUCCAACUACGAUGAUGUUCAAUAUUCAAGCUCACAUGGCCAUGCUGCUGGCUCUGCUGGAUUGCCAGGUCGCGGUCUUCACUCUAACCAGGAAAUCCCACGUUCGUCUGAGAAUACAAGUCAAGCAUCAAGAGGAUUGCCCACUCACUCCAACUAUGAUGAGAAGGAAACUGAAAUAAGGAAUGCUUAUACUGAUUCUGAAAAUAACAAAUCUCAACUGGGAGGUGGUUUGAGUGGAUUAGCCGCUAGUAUAGUUGGUGCUUCAGGCAUUGGGGGUGCAUUGGAGUCGAUGGGUGUUACUUCGAGUGGCAACACCAGCUCUUCAAAUCGAGGCGCCUCUAUCCAAGGUGAUAAGGCUGAAGCGGGUGUGAAAACUACUGAUUCUACUCAACACUUGCUGGGUUCAAAUGCUUAUCCCAAGGAUGCAGUGAGAGAAUAUUCUACUUCGUCAUCGUCAUCGACAUUGGACAACAGGAUCAAUGAUGCUACUGGUGGUCAAUAUAAGGACCAUUCAAGAGGGUCAGUUGAUUCAAGAAACAUUCCAUCUUCAUUUUCACGCGGCGAGGGUGGGCACACGAGCUUAGAUCCUGUUAAUUAUGGUACUGCCGCAAACACGAGUGAUAAUACAAAAUCACAGCAACAACAAUACACUUCUAACUCAACUUCUGGAAAUGCAUCUAACUAUGCCACAACCAACCCUGCUGCAACUACUGGUGGUGGUGGUAAAUCAAACGAUGUAUUAAAAGACCUUGAAGUUGGAUCGGGUAACACUGCAACAUCACAUAACCAAAGCCACGUUCCUAGAAAAUUCGACUCAGAUAAUUAUGAAAAUGUUACUGCUGCUGAGUACAUCAACGAUGGCGGACUUGAUGAUUCCAAAUACAAAGACAGAAAUGCUUUUGCACAACCAACAACAAAUACUGCUGCCUCUGCUGUUGGAAAUGCCGGCCAUAAUACUUCGUCUUCUGGUUUGGGAGCAAGUCAUGGAGUGCCAACAACUUCUUCAUCUACACAACCUGCUGCUACCAGUGUAGGUGGAGGAGUGGACGCAUAUGACGAAGCCAACACAUCAACAGGUUCUUACCGUAUGCCAGGCGGUUGGGACUAA